CCGCGCCGGGCGUGCGGAGACGCCGCCGCCGCUCCCGCGCUACUUAAGCGGGGAAGGCGCAGCCCGGCAGCCCCGCGGGGGGAUCCGGCGUGGGGAGGAAAGUGAUCAUAGUAAUAGCCGUCCAUCUAUAAGAGAACGAGAAAAGCAGAGCCGAGAUGCUCCGUCCGUGACCCGCAGGCGGGGUGGGGAGGGGCAGGUUGUGAAUCCGCCAAACACCUGAGAAAUAAAGCACGACCGAACAAUUUCGAGGCGGGCGGGGAAGGGGGGGGGCGAAAAGUUUGCCGGAGCUCGGGCGUCUCCGGGGGGGCGGGCGCGAUGCCGCCCUGGCUGCUCAGCCUCUGCUGCGUGCUGGCGGCGCGGGCGGCGCUGGGCGGCGGCCCCGCGGGCGCGGAGGAGGAGGAGGAGGAGAAGCUGAUCCGGGUGCUGGUGCUGCUGCCGCAGGACGACGCCUACCUCUUCUCGCUGGGGCGGGUGCGGCCGGCCAUCGAGUACGCGGUGCGGAGCCUGCGGGAGAGCGGCGCGGGUCUGCCGCCCGGCUACGCCUUCCAGCUCACCUACGAGGACUCGGCGUGCGGCAACCGCGCCCUGUUCAGCCUGGUGGACAUGGUAGCCCUGCAGCGCCGCCGCCCCGACCUGCUGCUGGGGCCGGUGUGCGAGUACGCGGCGGCGCCGGUGGCGCGGCUGGCCGCGCACUGGGACGUGCCGAUGCUGUCGGCGGGCGCGCUGGCCGCCGGCUUCGGCGCCAAGGGCGGCGAGUACUCGCACCUCACCCGCGUCGCGCCCGCCUACGCCAAGAUGGGAGAGAUGCUGCUGGCCCUCUUCCGCCACCACCAGUGGAACCGGGCCACGCUGCUCUACAGCGACAGCAACCCCGAGCGCAGCUGCUACUUCGCCAUGGAGGGCGUCCAUGUGGUCUUCCAAGAGGAGGCCUUCCACAUGGCCGUGCACAGCUUCGACGAGACCAGCCGGCACCUCGACAUCGACGACGUCGUCCGCGCCCUCCAGACGGGCGAGAGGGUUGUAAUCAUGUGUGCCAGUGGUGACACUAUCAGGAACAUCAUGUUGGCUGCUCAUCGGCAAGGAAUGACCAACGGGGACUAUGCUUUCUUCAAUAUUGAACUCUUCAACAGCUCAUCAUAUGGAAAUGGCUCUUGGAGAAGAGGAGACAAACAUGACCUUGAAGCCAAGAAAGCAUAUUCAUACCUCCAGACUGUCACUCUGCUGAGGACUGUGAAGCCUGAGUUUGAGAAUUUUUCCCUGGAGGUGAAGAGUUCUGUUCAGAAGCAAGGUCUUCAUGAAGAUGACUAUGUGAACAUGUUUGUGGAAGGAUUCCAUGAUGCUAUUCUUCUUUAUGCUCUAGCUUUACAGGAAGUCCUGAAGAUAGGUUUCAGUAAGAAAGAUGGGGAAAAAAUUGUUCAGCAAACGCGGAACAGAACCUAUGAAGGCAUUGCAGGGCAGGUGUCCAUUGAUGCCAAUGGAGACAGAUAUGGGGAUUUCUCUGUGAUUGGAAUGACAGACCCGGAGGCAGGCACACAGGAGGUGAUUGGGGACUACUAUGGAAAGCAGGGGCGAUUUGAAAUUCGAUCGAAUGUGAAAUACCCAUGGAACCAUGGCAGGCUGCGACUAGAUGAAAGCCGAGUUUCGGAGCACACAAACAAUACACCAUGUAAAUCAUCAGGUGGUCUAGGAGAAUCAGCAGUUACAGGAAUAGUUGUGGGCGCCUUGCUUGGAGCAGGAUUGCUAAUGGCUUUUUACUUCUUCAGAAAGAAAUACAGAAUAACUAUUGAGAGACGAACUCGACAGGAGGACUGUAACAUGGGGAAACAUCGGCAGUUACGUGAAGACUCCAUUAGAUCUCAUUUUUCUGCUGCAUAAAGAAGUUGAAAAAGAAUCCCAUUCUUCCUAGGGAAAAGAAAGAAUCAGAGAAAAGGACACAACCAAAGACAUCAGUGUAAAAAGAAGAGGCUCUUGAAGAACUCACUCUUUUAAGCAGUAAUUUUGUCUUAAUUUCUUUCAGAAGCUCAGGAAUGAUUUACUAAUCACAUUAUGCCGCAUGGCCUUUCAUCUCAUGAGAAAAAAAAAUUAUGCAGUUUGAUGUUAUAGGAUGUACUUAAUAUGUAAAGACAAUAUUUCCUAAGGCUAUUAGUGCUAGCAGAUCUUGGUUUAAUUGGUGGGGAAUGCCUCAUUUUGUUCCCUUUUUUUUUUUUUAUUUUUUUUUUUUUUAUUAGCUUCUACCACCUUCUUCCAUAUUUGCAUCUCACCCAUGGGUAUCAAAUAUGGUUUCAGAGGCACAGGUGCUGGUUGCUGUCAAAAGGUAAAAAGGGAUUCGUUUGGGGUAUGAUCCUGCAUCACUGAAUCACUGACAUAGAUAACAGGGGAUAUGAAAUUUGGUGUACGGGCCUUAGUUCUGGGAGGGAACUGGCACUUGGUUGUAAUUAUUUCCACUGAGAAAGUCAGGCAGGUGGAAACACACAAAGCAUUCUUUCCUUGUUUGUGUGGCAUCACAGUCAAAAGCACUGUUUCUCCCUCUUAGCUGGUGGGACUUAGGAAAAUCUCCAGUGAAGGAUGAGGAGUUUCACAUGUGUAAAAUAGUGACAACAAAGACAGUCACAUCUCUGGAGAGGACUGAUUAAUUCCUCAGUCUUAUCUGUGCUUUGUCACACUCUUUUCUGUCCACUGCCAUGACUUUUCAGGGGGGCAGAUGUAGUCCAUAUCGAGCCUGCUCCUGUUCCCAGUGAAGUCAAUGGCAAAAUCCCAUUAACUUCACUGAGCACGGGACUGCAUCCAUAACUGUAAAUAUGAAAGUAUUUGUAUAGCUGAUGCAAUUCAAAAGGGGAUUUUUUUUUGUAUGUAAAAAUGACAUUUCAUGCUACCAUUUUAUUUUUUAGGAUAUUUUUAAUCUUGUAUUUUUCUAUUAAAGUAUCUAUUUUUGCUUUGGUAGGAUUAAAAAUUAAGGAAGAGGAUGUUUUGAAGACAUAUUUUUUAUGAUAGGAGUAAUAUGCAGGGAAAGUCAACAGCUGUAAAUACACUUUAGAACCAGUAUUUAGGGGAGGGGAAAUGAUUUUGUGGAUGGUAAUAGACUUUUUGCCCCACAUUUUUCUCCAGGCAUGUGCAACAUUCAAAGAGUUGCUUAAAAAACACAAAUGCAGUUAUUGAAUUGUCUAUGUGAUGAUCAUCCUGAUGCUGUAAAUAAUGCAUUUUUCACAUGUUUAAGAGUCCUAUAGAAGUAAGUGAGAUUUAACUAUCCACGUGUGUACAAUUAAACACCCAAGGAACUUGUUCAGGAUUGUUCAGGAAUCAUGUGUUAAAACACUAUUUGAGGCUGACUUUAAUCCUGCUGCCAUCAGUAUCCCUGGAAAUUUUGCCAUUUAUUUUACUAGGAGCAAAACUGAAUCUGUGUUGAAUUAGCUACUGACAGGUUAUUUUAUACUAGACAAAGGAGAGCUUUGCACUUUCUAGUCUACAAAUGAACAGUACUUAUGUAAAUGUGAUGAAGACGACCCAUAAAAGUAUUGCCAGUGGGGAUACAGAGCUAUAACUAUGGUUCUUAAGAGUCCAUGAGAUAUUUUGGUUUAUUCUAUUCUGAUUUCAUAAGCAAAGCUUUCUGGUCUCAGCAGUUCUAGUCAGACUUGAAAGUUAAUCUCAAAACUGUCUCUAAAGCAUGAUUUCUACAAAACUUCUAUGCCCUAAAAAGCCAGACUACCAAUUCUGAGAAACCACUUUGGGACACCUGGGAGUGAAAAACAAGAACCUUGCUGUGCCUGCUUUCUGCUGCCUUUUUUUUCUUGUUGGACAUGUAUUUUUUUCCUUAUUCACUUAGCUUUAUUCUUAGCGUAUGGAGUGUUCAUCAUCGCCUGCCCUUGUGAUACACUGUCCUAUGUCCCAGGCAGCCACAGGGCAAAGCUUCGUGGCUGUCAGGGCAGCUCCAGUACAGAAAGUCAAUUUUCAGCACCCCAUUUCCCAGUCUGGGCCUGUGUCCCUUCUACAAAGGUGCUUUAGCCAAAGCAGCACUGAUCAGUGGACAGUUUUCGGAAAUAUUCUCCUUAUUUUCUGGGCACCAGAGAAGGAUGGUAUUCUCUUUAUAUCAUGGGCACCAGAAGUAGGCUACAGCAGCAUUCAUACUGCUAUGGACUUGGGGAGGAAAAAAGACUUCCUGAUUAUUUUCUGGAUUUUUUUUUCCCCCAAGCAGUUGAGUUUAUCUAGCCCCUGGUCAAGCUUAAGGCUUGGGACGUUUUCUAAGAUACUUUUCAAAUCAAUUUUGAUCUACUUCUGGUUUUGAAAAUAGGCCUUUCAGUAUUUUGACUUUCUUUUACCCAUUAUGACUACUCUGCCACAGAAGGCAAGGAAAAUUUUUAAAUGUGUGGAGAAAAGAGGAUAUGAUUUGAAGCAUAAGCUUUUUUGGAAAUUAUUUUUGUUGUGACUUGCUUUGCAGUAUGCACUAAUACUCAAACAGUGGCUAGUUAGGAAUCAAGACAUUUGUGUAGAUGUGCAUUUUUCCUGUGCCAUGCACAAUUGAGUCACACCAGAAGACAGGGAAUCUGGCUGGGACGAUAAAUUCUCAGGACAGUGUAUUUAUUAUGUCAUUUUAUGAUACCUAUUAAAAAAAAAGCAUAGUGAAAGGUCAUUUUUAUAAUUAAAAAAGUAUUAAUUCUGAUCCUUUAGAACUCUUGUGCAGGGUUUUAAAUCAUGACCUCAGGAAGUGUUUCUUUGAUGUCUGUUGGUGGAUGCUGACCUAGGCUUAGCCAAAACUGUGCAUCCCAGCACCUCCCAAGGAGUGAACCUUCUUUGCACCUUAGAGCAUUUUGGAUCAAUGGGGUUUAAUAUUUGCAAAUCAAUGCACACAAACGUAUGCGUUUUUCCCAUGGAAGUGUGGAGAUCAUUUAAGAUAUUUCAACUAAGUAGAUUCCUUCACAGGAUAAAUAAACUUGCUCUUCUUAGCUGCCUUUCACAGACCUUUUGCUAAUAGUUCCCAAGUCUUCCAUGGACCAUAGAUCAGAAGCUGCCUUAAGUUUAGAUUAUUCAGCAGAGAGAUUCUUUACUGGCUAAUGCACUUUUCCUUUCUGGUUCAUCUGCAUUAGCUCAAUGCCACAAUGUUUAGGCUCCAAACUCUGUAAGGGAAUGUCUAAUCAAAAUAAUAAUAAUUGAUUAUCAAAAGAGCUUUCAAAACCUACAUUUUUGGCUUCAACAAAUUGCCCAUAAUACAAAUAUACAUCUGUAUUACAGAGAAGCACAAGGAGACCCUUGACUCAGCUCAGCACUUCAGAACACACUUAAAAUAUGCUCAACUUCAGCUUCUAAGUGCUUUGCCCACUUGGGACCAAAGGGUAUGACCCUGGCCAUGGCUGAACCAAAGGGAGAUUGGUCAUGUGCUUGAAUUUAAGAAAGUCUGGCUAUGUAUAUUUAUUGCUAAAUUUUACAGCUGCGCCAGUUAAAUUGAAAUUGAGCUAGUGGUUCAUACUCUGUUUGUCAAAGUUUGACAAAUUCUGCUAAUGCAGUAUUUAUUAAAAUUACUAAACAGUCAUCAGCUUAAUUUUUGAUUCACCUCAGAAUCCUCUUCCUGAGGGUUCUGUGGACAGUUUUCCUGCCUUUUUACCCUCAUAACUUCAACACCCAGGCUUCUGCUGCAAUUGACAAAAAUGAAGCAGAACUUUCUGAAGUAUUGUGAUUUAGUUUCCUGAAACCCACAGCUGCAGAGUCAGAUGUCUAGAUCCUGGGCCACUGGUAGUUCUGAAACGUUUGUUUAUGGGCAGUUUGUGUGUUCUGAGUUGUCUGUGACUACCACCAUCCCUGGCUCCCUGGCUAACUACCAGCUCCUGCUCUAGUGUGCUUCAUUGAAGACCACACCCAGCUGAGCUCUGAAAACAUUCAGUCUUUGCUAAAACUUGUGGGUGUGAUUGAAAGCACCUUGGAAGAUUGUGGACAGAAUUCAGUUUAUUAAAGAGUUGUAUUAAUUAAUUUCUGAAAAGAAACCAUGCUGAUCUAUUUUCAAUUUGCUCUUAAGCAAUGCGCCAUUGCAUUAUUGGAAGUAUUUUAUUGGGGUUUUCCAGUGGAGAGUUAUUAAGGUGUAGCUAAUGCUUCGAAAACAUUUGUGCUGGACAAAAUAAAGAGUGUUCUCCCUGACAUAUUUUACUGGGAGGUUGAUCUCUGAUUCAUUUUUUGGCUUAGAAUUACAAUCACACAUUAAGCUGACAAAAAAACCCCUCUUACUGAUUCAGUGGAAGUAAAUUCGGGCCCUCAAUGAGUUUCUUCAGGCUUGAAGCAGUUCAGAGUGAGUUUCUCAGCUUUGCAGUAGAACAGGCUGCAUCAGCCUUAGGUGACCUUGGCUCCAGUGAUGUUUUCAGCUCAUGAAUGCCAUAGUGCUCCUGGAAAGCCAAGAAUAGACAUCAAAGACAGGAAGCUAAUAGUCCUGGUCAUAAAUUUCUUUGGCAAUUCAGUCCACCUUUUCCGGAGCUCAAGACAGUUCCACAUCCUUCACUGCCCUCCUCUGUGCUUCAGAGUGUAGCUGUGUGGGCAUUCUGGUUCUUUCAGUAAAGCAGUCAAGGUUAUUUUUCCUCAUUUUCUCGAUGAGUAGAGUGAACAGCCUUUAUUUACCCUUUUUUUUUUUUUAAUGGUCUUUUGUCUAAGUUCAGAAGUACUUUGAAAAGAAGACAGCCAUUUCCCAUCAUUUAGUCAGAAAUGCUCCUUCUUCACUGAGAAUGUUGUUUUUUAUGUAAUUUCAGACAUGGUUCAUUGCUGGACACUGCUCAGCUGUCAACACACCUUGUGUUGGUCCAUGGUUACGCCACCCACUAUCAGAGUUCUGGACCUAGAAUUACCUGUUGGGUUUUUUUUUUUAUCCUUAUUGUUUUUGCUAUAAAAUGGUGUCAAGUCUAACAACCACCUUCCCCAAGGCAGGGCACAUGGGAACAGACAUACCAAUUUCUAGUGGUACAUUAGCUUUCCUGUUGGUUAGCAACGUGCCUUAGUAACUCACCUCACAACAGUGAGCUGUAAAGGGACAAAUUUCAAAGUGCAUGUUUAGUAGGAAUUAAUUUUAGCCCUUUUUAGAAACAAACAAACACAGGCGUUGCUCUUGGAAUGUAUUUUUAAGGACAUGCUGGGAAAAGUUUUGCUUUCAGGUAUGUUGUGUGUGUGUCACCUCUCCUCCUCCCCCUUUCUUUCUCGCUGUUGAAAGCACAAAAAGAUUUGUAUGUGUGUGUGAAACCUUUCAAGUGGAAGAAUGGAAGAGUUUGCACUGUGCAUAUCCCUGCUUAGAGGCAGAAAUUAACGCAGAUGGCUUGAGGGCUGAAUUGUUUUUCAUUCUCAGAUACCUUUUAACAUCUGAACUCUGAGACUGAUGAAAAGUGAUUGUUGAAAUUAAAACAAAUAGCUGUUUGUGAGACAUUUCAGAUCUGGCUGUCUGCAGGGUCAGCAAGCUGUGCAGCAGACAUUGAUAGUGUCUGUUCUCUUCUAAAGAGUAACGACAAAAGGCCUGAGCACUGUGGUUUGCUCCACAGAAGCCUUAAGUCUGUCAUAAAUGCAGCUCCCCCUUUAUCUCACACAUAGAGGAAGAAAGGAAAAAGGUUAAUGUUGGACCUUUAAUGGAAUUACUGCUGGUUUUGAUCAAGAAGAUAAGACUGCCACAGUUUUGAGGCUUUCUUGGCUAAGUGUUUAGUUGUGUCCAGUGUAUCACUAUAUAGACUUUUAUUAUGCAAUUACUUCUCCCAGAAUUUACAUUUUAGAAGGUGCUAAGUGACAUAAAACAAAUUUACUGUAUAAAAAACUCGUGGAAAAGGAGAGGCUUACAGUUCCCUCAAAAUUUCUCACAAACCACUAAAUUAAUAUUCUGAAUCAAAGACAAAUUACUCUGAAUAAUCUGACACUGUCACAGUUUGUAUGUUAAGCUAUAUUCAGAAAUGUUAGCUGAAUUAAUUCGAUGAAAAAUCUUUGAAAGGUUAAAAUCCACUCUGUGUAAACUGUUCCUUGGUGUUUCUGUCACAUGAAUGUUUCUAGAGGACACUUGAACAAGCAACAAAAAUAUACCAAAAUGGGUAUUAAAAAAAUAAAUCUUAUUUUAGGGGUUUCUUUUGUAAUGUCAACUGGUAUGCAUAGGGAACACACAAUUCUGCCCCCCACAGCCCAACUACAAGCACAGGUUUUGCUGAUAUUGUGCACUGGCAGCAGGCACAAGGAGCUCAGCCAUGUUAUUUUCUACUUGGGGAUUGUCUGGACUUCUCUUUCUCUCAGAAAAGAGGGUCUUAAUGUGCAGGUCUGAAAGUGCUGAGAAAACCUGGAGAGGUGGGAUGAAGGCAAUGUGUAGAAUUUGCUGUGUUUCUUGUGCACAGGGUGUAACAGUCAAAAACUAACAGGACUCAGGAUAGACACUGUGGACAGAAACUUUGUCCCCCUUUUUACGGUGAUGCUGUUCCCUAUUAAUGGAAAAAUACUGGACAACAGAGAAACCUAGUGCCAGGUGAGCAGAAAACAAAAGGAAAGCUGCACAGUAUAUUGUACUGAUGUAAGUAGAACUAUCUGCAUAUAAUGUGAUUUUAUUUAUUGUUGUUUUUGUGUAGAGGAGAGUGAGUAUUCAUGACUGUGGAUAUAACCUUUGUUUAUUUGUGUAAUGUGUUUUAUUCUAUGACUUGGUCAUUUAAAAUAUCUACAUUCACUGGUGUCCUUUGACUCUUUAUUCUGUGCAUUUUCUUUCACACUUUUUAAAAAUGCAAGAAUAUCACAUAACAGUCACAUAAAUUGUAACAAAAUGUUUCCAUUAAAGACAUAGGAAUAUGUUA